GUUUCUUUGGCAGAUCAGAGGCAUGAUGGACACAUGAAGGCAACCCCAAAUUUUGAAUCAAAACCAACUCCACAGAGCAUCAACUACAAUCUCAUCAAAAAAGGAAACUUAUGGCGAGAACCUUGGAAGACCUUCAGCCCUAGCCAUCUCACUCCCAUUAACGUCUCAGUCAAUGGAACUCCUUGCAUUCUCUUCUGGGCUAAGAGAAUAACAAUUAAAUUUAAAAAUCAGCCUUUAUUGGACCUCACAGAUAAGACAUUUGGAAAAGAAGCAAGAGUGGAUAUUGGCAAUUCAAACUGCAGUGAAGAAAAUGCCAUGCUUUCCCUGAAAUUUGGUGAUAUUGACAGUCUAAAAGGACUUGACAUCAGAUUCAUCUUGAUCAACUAUAACAGAUUGUCUGUUCAGAGCUGGUUUAGUUUACAUAGAGUUCAAAUUCUUUAUAAUAAUUCAAUCCAAGCAACUUUUAAGGCAACUCGAAUCCAUGCUCCAUCAAAGUAUUCCUAUCACUGUCAGCAUGUCAGCAGCCUGCAGAGAUACGAUGCGCUUUUGGUGCCCGGUUCCACAAAUGACAUCUCCAGGCUAUGGGAAGUCACUUUUAUUGAUUUCCAGAUUCAAGGUUUUAAUGUCAAGGAGGGCCAAUUCUCUCACGCCAGGGACUGUGCCUCGUUCUUCUCCCCAGCCAUUCUGAUGGGCCUGGCUAUGUCCCUGAUCCUGCUGCUGGUGUUGGCUUAUGCCCUACACAUGCUGAUCCACCUGAAGUCCCUUGACAGGCACUAUGACUGCAAAGCAUCACCCGCCUACUUUGUGCCCAUGAAAGACCUCGAGGUGGCCACUGAAGAGAAGGAGCCACUGAGGAUCCAUGGGCAUGACUGUCAUGAACCGAGAAGCCCACACAUCUGCAACAUUUAUGUGUAG